CCAUUAAUACGUGUCACAUUUUUAUUUUAAUUCUCAUUUAACACAAACUUCUCUUUAUAGUAAUAUUUAGUAGACUUUACUACUACUGAUCUGUGUCUACUCUUUUUAUUUCUUCCCCAUAAAUAUACACCAAAAUGAACCAUUUUCCAAGCUCGGUUCACUCUUUCUCAAAAAAAUAAAUAAACAAAACACACACACUAGUCCACAUGGCCUAUUCUUGCACUUUAUUAAAGUUUUUGUACCAUUUGGCCUUGUUGGGAGUCUUGGUUGGUUUUGAGUAUGGCUCAGUAGCUAGCCAAAUUGGUCUAGGUUCGAGGUUGUUGGCUCGGGACAACAAAGCUUGGGUCUCUGACAAUGGUACUUUUGCCUUUGGUUUCACUCCAAUGGAGAAUGGAGAUUACAACAAACUUCAAUUGGCAAUUUGGUUCGCAAAGCUUCCCGGUGACCGUACAGUAGUCUGGUCACCUAACAAAGACUCUCCGGUCACAAAAAAUGCAAUCUUGGAGCUAAAUACCGCCGGGAACCUCAUUCUCUCCGACGGCAGAGCCACCACCAUAUGGGCCUCAAACACAUCCGGUGCCGGAGUUGAAGCUGCCACCAUGUCAGAAUCCGGUAACUUCAUCCUAUAUAACGACGUAAACCGCCCUGUUUGGCAGAGCUUUUCACACCCAUCAGACACUCUGCUCCCAAACCAACCUUUAUCAGUAAAGUUAGAAUUAACAACAUCAAAAUCAGACUCAAGUGGAAGCUACUACGCUCUCAAAAUGCUUCAACAACCAACUUCAUUAAGCCUAGCUUUGACUUAUAAUCUCCCCGAAACGUUUGACUCUUCACCGGAUUCUUAUGCCAAUUACUCAUAUUGGCAAGGACCCGAUAUAUCAAACGUAACAGGGGAUGUCAUUGCUGUUUUGGACGAAAAGGGUAGUUUCGGAAUUGUCUAUGGUGAAUCAUCAGACGGUGCCGUUUACGUGUAUAAAAACGACGAAGAUUACGGUGGUUUAUCUUCUGCUACUAACCGGUCGACCGGCUUAUCAGUUCUCCGGCGGUUAACGCUUGAGAAUAAUGGGAAUCUUCGUCUUUAUCGUUGGGACGACGACGUUAAUGGGUCACGUCAAUGGGUGCCAGAAUGGGCUGCGGUUUCUAAACCUUGUGACAUUGCUGGGGUUUGCGGUAAUGGGAUAUGUAAUCUUGACAAAAGUCAAACUAAUGCUUCUUGUACUUGUUUACCUGGUACUUCCAAGGUUGGAAAUGAUAAUCAUUGUUCGGAGAAUUCUUCUUUGAUUGGGAAGUGUGAUCAUAAACAGUCGUAUCAGAAAUCCCAGUUUAGGAUUUCAAUGGUUCAGCAAACUAACUAUUAUUACUCAGAUUUUUCUGUCAUAGCAAAUUACAGUGACGUAAGAAAUGUGUCCAAGUGUGGUGAUGCUUGUUUAUCUGAUUGUGAAUGUAUUGCUUCUGUUUAUGGUUUAGAUGAUGAGAAGCCUUAUUGUUGGAUUUUGAGGAGUUUGGAUUAUGGAGGGUAUGAAGAUACUGGUUCUACUCUGUUUGUUAAGGUUAGAUCCAACGGUUGGGGUGGAGAAGGAUCUGAGGAUUCUUCAGAUGGUGGUUUGAAUAAGAAAGAAAAGGUUUUGGUUAUUCCUAUUGUUCUUAGUAUGAUUGUUCUUAUUGCUCUCCUUUGUUUGUUAUUAUACUACAAUGUGCAUAGAAAAAGAGCUUUGAAAAGAGCUAUGGAAAGCUCUUUGAUUUUGGCUGGUACUCCAAUCAAUUUUAGCUACCGGGAUUUGAAUAUUCGUACUUGGAAUUUCUCACAGAUCCUUGGAACUGGUGGAUUUGGGACUGUUUACAAGGGAAGCCUUGCAGAUGGUACUUUGAUAGCUGUAAAGAAACUUGACAAGGUUUUGCCACAAGGAGAAAAGGAGUUCAUAACUGAAGUCACUACAAUUGGCUCAAUGCAUCACAUGAACUUAGUUCGUCUUUGUGGAUAUUGUUCAGAAGGACAACAUCGGCUUCUAGUUUAUGAGUUCAUGAAAAAUGGCUCCUUGGACAAGUGGAUAUUUCCCUCAUACAAUUCCCAAAGUAAGAUGCUAGAUUGGCCAACUCGUUUCAACAUUGCAGUGGCUACUGCUCAGGGAAUUGCUUACUUCCAUGAGCAAUGCCGUGAUAGGAUUAUACACUGCGAUAUAAAACCCGAAAACAUUCUUUUGGAUGAGAAAUUUUCGCCUAAAGUUUCUGAUUUUGGACUAGCUAAGUUGAUGGCAAGAGAGCAUUCUCAUGUUGUGACAAUGGUUAGAGGAACAAGAGGCUAUUUGGCUCCUGAAUGGGUUAGUAAUCGGCCUAUAACCGUGAAAGCCGAUGUUUACAGUUAUGGUAUGCUUCUUUUAGAGAUUAUUGGUGGCCGGAGGAACCUUGACAUGUCUUUUGAUGCAGAUGACUUCUUUUAUCCUGGUUUGGCUUUUAAGGAAAUGACAAAAGGUACCCCAUUGAAAGCUGCGGAUAAAAGACUUGAAGGAGCAGUAUUAGAGGAAGAAGAACUCAAUAGAGCUUUGAAAGUAGCUUUUUGGUGUAUUCAAGAUGAGGUUAUCAUGAGACCUACAAUGGGAGAUGUAGUGAGAAUGCUUGAAGGAUCAAUGGAUGUUAACAUGCCACCAAUGCCACAAACGGUGUUGGAGUUAAUUGAAGAAGGUUUAGAUGAUGUAUACAAAGCCAUGAAAAGAGAAGUUAACCACUUUAGCUCUUUCACCAUAACAAGCCACCCUUCUUCUCGUGCCACUUGUAGUUACUCCACAAUGUCCCCUAGAUAAAAAUACAUAUUAUUCAAAGUUGGACCCCACACCAAAAGUCAAACUUUUUGACUUUCAAUGAUCACCCAAAAUUUUUGUCAACCUAAUCUAUACUAUAUCAAUCAAUUUAUUCAGAUGUGGCAAGAUCAAAUUUUUAAACCAUAUAGUCAACACAAUAAUUCUUUUUUUUUUUUUUUGUCAUAGCAAUCAUUGAGUUCUUUUUUUACUAGUUUAGACACUAUUCUUGAUAGUAGAACUUUGACCAAAGAAUGACACCUUUGAUUGAGGGUGUCAUUGCUACCAAGCCAUCAGGGAAUGGACACUGUGGUGCUGCAAUUAAGUACACAUUCUUGCCUUGAAGGCUCUACCAUGCAAGGUCCUUAGCCAAAUCAAAAUCGAUUCCAUCCUGAAUUGCAUCUCCAAAUGAUCUUGAAGAGGAUUGCCCUCCUAAGAAAUUGUUCCAAAGGGAUCUGCUAUUUAUUUGGUGUCAUCAGAAGACGAGAGCGAGUAGCUUCCCGCGCGGCCGCGCCUCUGCCAAUUAAGAGCCUUACCUUGAUGACUUUAGCUUGACAAGGCUUGAUUUGUGAGCUUAAUUUAGUGCAAGGUUUAAGGUUGGGGUUUUGCCAUUGCCAAAUGAAGAGUGGAAAGCUAUGUUUAAGAAAUCGUAGUUGCUUGUGGCACAAGUUUCUGCUGGUGUGCCUUCUUUGUCGUUUGGCUCCAGUAAAUGGCAAUUCCACUAGCAUUAGAUCUCACAGACAAAACCAAAAUAACCAUUAGAGAAAGGAAGAUUGGUCUUUGUGUUGUAGUCAACUCAUGGCCGAAUGGGAGGUCAUCAUGUGUUUGUGUUGUUAAUUAUUACUUAGAAAAUUGUCUCUGUUUUUGUCAUUUAUAUUGAGAAGAAAAUAGAGAAAAGGAAUAUUUGAUUACCAACCAAAUUAAUAAUAUUUAGUUGUGUUUACUAGGA